CUCGUGUCAUCUCGUUGGGACGGUCAUAUGACUCGACCGCAUGUGACUUUAUUUACCGUUGGGCUACGACGAGAGGAAGAUGUAUGGUGCAGUCUCGCGAGCACUCGUCAUUGAGAUGCCAGCCUGCGGUUCGGUGCGCUCUGACCGACUAGGCACUCGCAGCGAAUCGCGAGCUCUAUGAUGCCUUUGCUCAACAAACUCCUCGCCCCGAGAAACGAGCGCAAGCGGUCCGACCACGCUCGCGCCUCGACGAGCGAGCCUUCCAAUGCCAACGAAGGGAAUGCGUUUAAUUUUGGAGCCGAUCAAAUAAGAGUCCUUCUGUUUCGAGAGUGCGAGUGGAGAGGCAGAAAACUGCUGUUCGAUUCAAUUGCGGUUAAGAGAUCGUGCACUAAUUCUCAGUGCAAUUUAAUUAAGAGUGAUGCCGAGGCUAAAAGCGAUACUCACCAAGAGAUCGUCGAUGGGUUCAUAUACGAGCAUGAGAAAAUUGCCUGCGGUGACGUAAGUCUUCUUGGUGAAAUGGUAUUCGGUAGUGUAGCCAUGACAUACAAAGGACCAUCUUUUAAGGUUCAUGCAAUCGAUUCUCCUCCGUGUAUUAUGUGCACCAAAGUUUUUCCCUCUCCAGAUUACAAUAUAUGUAAGCAAAGUGAGAGACAUUCAGAUGAGACCUUGGGACCUUCUGUGAAUACCGAGUCCAAUUCCAGUAGUGGCAGUGUGCGUACUUUCUCGCGUCCAAGUUCUGGAAAUUUGUCGAGCAGUGGACCAAGUCCCCAACUCAGGAAGAACUCUACGUGCUCAAGUACUUGCAGUAGUUGGGACAUAGACGUACCCUCACCGCAUGACAGCUCGCAAUCUCUAGAAAGUGCCAACUUGUCUGGAGUAGGUAGCUUGUCCAGUCUGCGCAGGAGAUGGUGGAGAGCAGUCUCUACUUCUUUGAGCCGUUCCGAGUCGGAUGACAUUUUUGGGGCUCACUGUGGUGAAUUCAAUGGCGACAGUCAUGACAGCCAAUCCAGACGACAAAAAACCAGACUAGGCCUUGCGAUGCUGGUGCAGCUUACUAGGGGCCAAGAGAGAAAAAUGGAGGCACAGUUGCUGGAGCACGCAGCCAUGCUCGAAGGGACCCUUGAUCGAAUACAUUGCAGUUGCUUCGAGUCAAGCAGGGAUCGAUCGCAGGGCAAAGGAAAAGGUCUUGUGUCAAGAAUGUACAGAGCCUCGGCUCGAUGCACGAUCUGGCUGGUGCAACUUUUGGUGGACCCUGGAAGUCUGUCGGCACCUUCGAUCUGGCACGAGGUGUUACUCAAUUCCACGGUCUCGAUGGAAAUGAGAGUCGACGUGCUGUACCGCAGCCUCCAUCAAAUGUGUCAGCUGCUCGACGACGCUGACACGAAGUCCACCAACUUUUUCCUGAGCACCGUUGUGACAGCUGUACUUACAUACCACCUUGGCUGGGUGCAAACUGUUUUGCCUUCGCAAGCUCGACAGCUGGCAGAAAGAUUAGGGAAGACGUAUCCAUGUAAUCCAUUGUGGGCUCAGCUGACUGACUUGUAUGGAGCAUUGGGAACUCCUCUGAGACUCGUUCACACUGUGGUUGCUGGUGAUUCCGAAAAGACGGAGUUGAUGAAUGCGGUGUUAGCCUUUCUGUCAUACUUUAUACGCAGUGGAAUAGUGGAGAGACGUAGAGAAUAUCGUUGCCCUUCCCAGCAAGAUGUCCAAGAAGCCAUCGUUCUCCUGGAACAGGUUAAAAAAAAGCAUCCAGCUCUGCUGGACCGGAAUAAGGCCACUGGUGUAUCCGGUGAUUCAAAAAAUUUACUCGAGUUAGAUUCGAACAGUCUUAUGGUGCAAAGGAAGUCUUCAAAACGCAGAAUGGAAAUUGGUAACAGCAAAGAUAGUGCGUCGUCACAAAAUGAACCUGUCAUAACGAUCGACACGAAACUGUCUAAGCUGAAGAGAAGCUCUACGAUGUUGAACAGCCUUGACAAUUGUGCAACAGACUCGACGAAGACCACCUUUGAAGCUCCAAGUUUAAAAAAGGAAUUUCAAGAUGAAAGGGAAUUGGAGAAGAAUAUUCCUUCCAAGGAUUCUGAUGAAGACUGCGCUACCAGUAAGGUUAAAAUAAUCGUCAAUGAAAUUGCUCCUCAUGAUCUCAUCACGGAAAAGGAAUACCUGCAGACGAGUUCCCCAUUGCAAGACUUGGAGAAGAAGUUUGAAGUCGAAUCAGAGGAACGAUACAUGGGAGAGAAAAUUGCUUCGCUGCACAGGCAUCAGAAAAACGGUUCCAUAGAUGUGCAGAAACUGUAUUCCAGUGACAUUGAGGACGAAGAGUGCUCCUUUCUGCCUAGCGAUCCUACAAGUGCCAGUAAACAGUCUCAAGUCUAUUUUACACUUGGCAACGAAGAAAGGUUCUCCAAGGCAGGACAAAAGCCCGAGUUCAGCAAUACUUGUCAAUGUUCAUUUGCUUUCGUCGGAGCGCCUAGUACGUCAGCCCAAUUAUUGGAAGAUGUACUGCGGAAGAUCAUCCAAAGAAACUUCCCUCAGUCCUCGAAGAGCAUCCAGUCUCCUCCUGGCACUUCGGCUAAGGAUCGUCCAAUGGGAUUCUGUUUAAAGUGCAAUGGGAAUGGUUACUCGGUGCCACUUUGCUACGAAAAUGGCAAACACCUCCUGGAGACUCCGACGAAUGCCACAGAAGUGUUGCGAACCUGUGGCAACACGGUUGGCAGUCGGAGUGGUGGGCGAAUCAAUAGGUCGAACAGCUUGGAGGCUCUGAUGGAAGCCAAUGGUGUCGUGGAACUGCCAAUGCCUAGGUCUAAAAAAGUCACAAAGAAGGAGAUAGAUCGAGUGGGUUUCGCCGAUACCCUACUGCAUAGAAAAGUAUCAAACUCAAGCGAGAAGAGUCUUGCCCCUGAAGCUUGCGACUCCGGCUACUCUUGGGGUCUGGUUGUGCAGGGUCUGGUUAAAAGGAAGAAAAAACGAAGGAAAUUACAGCUCGAGAGCAAGAACCUCGCCAAUGAAGGCGAAGCUGAGGCUAAGUGGUGGCAGUCCGCCAGAGAGGAGCUUUCUGUCGGUGUUCGAUUUCCAGUGAUCGAUCAACCAGUCCCUGAGGCGUUCUGCAUCCUUGCCGAUCUUGACACUUGGCAAGUGGGCCUGAUGUCCAACUGCAUGUCCCCCCAGAGUCCUCCUUUGCCCGUGGGCAUGUCCAGACUCGUGGCUAACAUGCUCGAGGCUUUCCACUACGUCUGGAGAAAAUAUCGCUCUCCAAUGCAAUGUGUCCAUCUCUUGGAAGGUAAACUCAGAGAGAUGUGGCUGCGCAGUGAGGCUCUAUCGGAGAUGCUGCUAACAGCUGAUGUCUGCGAGGCCAACAUUUCUAACCUAACAAAUGCUCUGGACUUGGACGCUGCGGACAUCCCGUUGUUGCUGGCCGUGGCGACGACGCACUCUCCACAGAUCACGCAGCGCUUUGGCCUGACGCUUGCUUGAUGAUGGACACAGUUGUACAUAUAUAAAAAGCGAGUCAUGAACGUGGGGUCUAACGUCAGGAAUUCUCCCAGCGUGGACGUUCCAGACCAUGUGAUCGGUCACGUAACCACCCAUGUGGUUUCCACGUGGUCGCCGGGAAAAAGUGUAAAGAGCUCCUCAAAGUAUUUCAAAAAGGUACUUCCUCCGAAAUUUGCGAUUUUCAGAGCGCGUUAUGCGGAGAUAUAUGUAUAUACGUGUAUGUAGAAUCCUGUUAACUGUAUCAACGGUAUAAGAAAUGCGGAACCAAAUAUUCUCUAGGGCACGGGGGGGGAUAAGUGAGAAAAUCGAGUAAUAAUCCGUCAACGGGGUUUCUCUAUACCUUAAGCUGUAUACGAUUCUUCUUUCUCUUUUGUAAAAUACAGUUUUGUCGUCACUACCGAA